AUGAAAACAGAAACAGAAAAAAAGACACAAGAAAAGAAUAAGCAUAACACCCGCAGCGGAUAUAACCUCUUCCAUACCGGGUAUGACACGCACCUCGACAUCACGCGCAUAUAA